CAUGGUUUGAGACUGAAUUCAGGGUCGGUUAUGGAGGCGAAGGAGGACAGUGGAGAUGUGCGCGAGGUCGCCUGCUUUCGUUGCCAUGACGGCCAUCAACGGACGUACGAGCACUGGAGCAGCACCCUCCACUGCCGCAUGCGCUUCAGCUUCUUCAGCCCUCGAGCGAUCAGCAAGCAACGCUUGCCAGUGAUUUACUUCCUCUCUGGACUCUCCCGAACAGAGCAGACGUGUCCAGAGCAGGGAGGCACGCAACAGUACCUGUGCAAGCACAACCUUUGCAUGGUGUGGCCAGACACAAGCCCAAGAGGACUGGAGUUGGACAAGACCGUAGAAUCUGCUUGGUACGGUCCAGGCGCCAGCUUCUAUGUGGAUGCGACGGAGAAACCGUGGGAGGACCACUACCGCAUGUUCACGUACAUCACACAGGAGCUUCCCGCGCUCAUCGAAGAACGCUUCAACGUCACCAAGGAGAAGGGCGUCUGCGGGCACAGCAUGGGUGGACACGGUGCUCUCAUGUGCAUGCUCAAGCAACCCAAACUCUUCAAUUCUGUCUCCGUCUUUGCGCCCUUGUGCUCCACUAUCAAGUCCCCUGUCAGCCAGCGCGCAAUGCUGCGAUACUUUGGCGAAGACAAGGGCGCGUGGGCACCUUGGGACGUGUUGACGCUGGCACUGCAGCUCCCGAAGGACACCAGCCCCAUUCCAAUUCUCAUCGACCAGGCGUGUGUCACCUACCGCCGGCAGGAGGAGUUUGGGCAUGGCUACUACUUCCUGCAAACGUUCAUCGCAGACCACAUUUCCUUCCACGCCAAGCACCUCAACCCACCACCACCACCACCAUCAUCGUCGUAG